CGUGCAGCCCAAGCCCAGGCACAAGCACAAGCCCAAGCCCAAGCCCAAGUUCAAGCCCAGGCUCAAGCCCAUCAGCAGCGAUGGACAUCCUCAACGCCCCCGGCACCUGCUCGCAUCCUCCCGCCGGUCAUGACCACGACCACGAUCACAACCACGGCUCGUGCUCCUCCGGGUCAAGCGGCCUGCCCUCCUUCCUCAGCAUCUUCGUCACCGACCCGCACUACAGAGCCUUUGCCCUCGCUUUCCUGGCCAGUCUCGGCACCUUUGUCGGUGGCAUCGUCGCCGUCGUCCUCGGCGCCUGCAUCGGCGUCUCCGGAACAGCAAAGUCGACCUCGACCCUGCUCGGCGUUCUGCAGUCCUUCUCGGCCGGCGUGAUGCUCUACAUGACCUUUGUCGAUCUUGUUCCCGAGUCGGUCGAGGCCCUGGGUGCCCGCACAACGAUGAUCUGGUUCUUUGUUGGCGUUGGACUGUUCCUGUUCUUGGAGAUGUAUCUUUUCCCCGAAGACGCCCACGACCACGCCCACGACCACGGACCCGACCACGGACCCGACCACACCGAUGCCAAGACCCGCACCGACCACUCAAAGAAAUCAUCUGCUGCUCCAUCCCAGCCGGGCCAUGUCGACAUCAGUUCCGCCAAGGGCCGCAAGGAGCUCUUCCGAACCUCGUUUGUCACCUUUGCGGCCCUCGCCCUGCAUAACCUGCCCGAGGGCCUGGGCGUCUACCUCUCGACCCUCUCUGACAUCCGCCUGGGCAUCCAACUGGCCCUCGCCAUCAUGCUGCACAACAUUCCCGAGGGCAUGGCCGUCGCCAUCCCGCUGUAUGUUGCGACGGGCUCCGUCUGGAUGGUUCUGGUCAUGACGCUGCUCAACGGCCUGGCCGAGCCUCUGGGCGUCGUCGUCGGGGGAUACCUCCUCAAGGACUUGCUUUCGCCCGAGGUGCUGAGCUGCUGCCUGGCGGCGGUAGGUGGCAUCAUGGCCUGCAUCUCUCUGCACGAGCUGCUCCCGACGGCCCUCCGCUAUGCUGGCAAGGAGCGGACGACCAUCUCUCUCUUUGUCGGCAUGCUCGUCUGCUUCGUUGCCCUCGAAUCCGUCAGCGUGCUGAUGGAGGGCGGCCACCUGCACUUCCACGGCGACCACCACCACGACCACCACCACGAUCACCACCAUCACCACGGUCACAGCGAGCUCUGAGCGUCUGCAUCGGCUGUAUCUGAUAGACCCCGCACAUCCCGAUGUGGAAUACAGGCUUUUGUUGCAGACCA